GAACAAUCUUGUGAAAAAGGCAAGGGCGGGCUCUGGGAGGCUAUAAGGCGGUUCCGGUGACCUGGUGCAGUGAGAUUUUCGCAAUGGCGUUGCGAGCUUGUCUGGUUGUUUUGCUGGUGUUUGUUGUGUUGACGGGGACCACGGCUCGACCUCUGCAUGCUCAGUGCUCGGUGGAAUGGACAUUUGGCAUUCCUUGUAAUAGUGUGUAUCUGGAGUUAGUGACACAAAUUAAAGCGUGGAAGACUGCUGAUAACUGUGUUAAUGGGGGAGAGAAGUGUCUGUACACCCUGAAGUCUGCAAAUGAACAUUAUAUAGUUGCAGAGCACACCACGCCAGUGCACAAAUACGUUGAUAACCUAACAUUCAAACUGGCUUCCUCUUUUGACAAGAGAUCCUGCUCUGUCUUUGGAUUCUCUGUUUCUGAGCUGUGGUAUGCAGUCUUUGACUUUGGUACGAACUAUUGCAAUUUGCACAACCUUAUUGAAGGUAGUGGCUUAGACAAAGUUUCUGGCUACAGUGAAUCAACAAGCGAUUCAAAGUGCAGUCAAUAUUCAUCAGCUAAUUGUACAAUUUACUAAACAAGGUGUGAUUCAGUAAUAACUAAGAAUAAUCAGGAAUCUGCAUAAUGCUAAGCAACUCGGAUACCAAUUUUAUGCACUUGUUUAAAAUAAUUGACUUCUUAGUGUUAUAAUAAAUCUUUUUUCCCAGUAAUAAACAAAGAAGCUCUGAGGGAUUGAAUAAAUAAGCAAAUUGUUGACACCAUAUUUAACAAUGCCAGGGACCAAAUAUGACACAAUUUAAAUACUGGGUCCUUUUCUAGCUUAAAUUUGAGCUUCUUGUCAUUGAGUAGAAACAUAGGUAACCUGGACCACAGUAACAAGCUACUCGGUCCAACUGGUCAAUCUAGAUGCGUGUACUCAAACAAGUGAAAGGGAUAAUAGAGAAAUUUUUGACAAGCCACUUGGGUAUUGAGAGUGGGAUGUGGUCUUUCAACCACACCCUCGCACUAAUUCUUUUUUGAAAUAUUCAAAAAAUGAUUUUUUUUCCCCAAUUUUGACAUCUAACAUCAGUUUUACUUAUUUCUUUUUUGAUCCACAGCCUGCUUGACCAUCUGGUUUGACCACAUACCACCCCACCAACCUCUGCAGCCAGCACAUCAUUCUCCGCCACUUCUGCCACCUCCAGUCCAACCCCACCACCAAAGAGAUAUUUCCCUCCCUACUCCUAUCUGCCUUUCGUUGGGAUCGCUCAAUCCACGACACCCUCAUCCGCUCCGUACUCCCCACCACACCGGUACCUUUUCCUACAACUGCAGGAGGUAUGACACCUGCCCCUACAACUUCCCACUUCAUCUCCAUCCAAGGCUCCAGACAAACUUUCCAAAUCCGACAGGGAUUCACCUGUGUGUCCUCCAACCUGGUCUACUGUACCCUUUGCUCCCAAUGUAGAGGAGACCACAUCGGUGAGACCAAGUGCAAACUCGGGGACUGAUUUGCUGAGCAUCUGCGCUCCGUACGCUAUAAUCAACAACACCUGCUGGUCGGCAACCAUUUUAACUCCCCCUACCACUCCCUGGGUGACAUGUCCAUCCUGGGCCACCUCCAGUGUCAUAACGACGCCACCCGCAAACUGGAGGAACAACACCUCAUUCCGCCUCAGGAGCCUACAGCCCGAUGGCCUAAACAUAGGAUUCACCAGUAUUAAAAUCUCCCCACACCCGGCCCAAUCCCAUGUCCAACCCUCCCUUUCAUCCCUGCCUCCUUGACCUGACACAACCUGUCCAUCUUCUCUCCCAUCUAUCCGCCCCACCCUUCCAACUGACCAAUCCUCACUACCCCCUACCUGCACUCACCUAUCACCGUCCCACUUACCUGUCCUGGCCACACCCUCCUAUUUAUUUCUGACCUCCCUUCCGCAUCCCCAGUCCUGGUGAAGGGUGUAAACCCGAAACAUCGACUUUCCUGCUCCCUGGCCUGCUGUGUUCCUCCAGCUCCACACUGUUAUCUACGACUUCAGCAUCUGUAGUUCUUGCUAUCUCUUCUGUUUGAACAGACACUAGAAUAUAUUGCCGCAAUUCAAAUGAUUCCGUAACCUUUUUAUGAAACGAGUUAGUUUGACAGUAUAAUAUUUUAAUUUGCUAAUUUCACAUAAUUGGACCUUUUUGAUGUUUAAAUUACAUGUUUUCUUUAGAACUAAUUUUUUAAGUAAAGUUUUUUUAAGAAAGUGCAACUCUUUAACCUGGGUCUUAUUAUCUCUAUAUGCAGUGAGCAUAACUCAUGCCAGUGAAGCACAUCAAGUGUUUUUCACAUGCUUGACAUUUAUAAUCUUUUUUGUGCAGUUUUCAAGACUACCUGUAGAAGUAAAAGAUCCCGAGACUGUUGUUUAUAACAUUGUAUAUGCAGUCAUAAGCAUGGUUGGGUAGAAAUUGGAAAUUGUAAGUCUGCUACAUAACACAAUCUUAAGUGUAAACUAACUAAAUAUUGUGAUGCUCUUAUCCAGUAAUAUAUCUGGAGGACUAAUGAGUGGUUCUAACCUUUCUCCAAAGGUUUAAAGGAGACAGUCGUACAUGGUAAUGGCACUGUAAUGUUAAUGGCACUGUAAUGUUAAUCCAGUGGCCUGGCUAAUGCUUUGGUAAUAUGGGUUCAAAUUGUAUUCAGAUUUAAAUUUGAUUAAUCAAUAAAUAUUAAAGAAUAUUAAGCUAGUGUCAGAAAUAGUGACCAUGACAAUGAUCAUUGAUUGUUGUAAAUACCAGUUUGGUCAAUAAAUGUCUUUUGUGGAAGAAAAUCUACCAUCCUGACCUGGUUUGGCCUACAUGUGAC